AUAAAUUCAGUGACCGACGAGACGGGCGUUGAAUCGUUCAAAAGUUUCACCUGAGGAUGAUGAAGUGAUGGCAGAUGUUACAAGAAGGUGGAUAACGUGCGUUCUUGUGACAAUUUUGGCAUGUGUAUUGUUUCCUGCCUGUGGCUUCGCUCAAUCGGAUGACGAAGAGUACAAGGGCAAAUACCUUGGGAAGUUGAACGCGUACCAUCAUCAGGUAUCCGGUGACGUUUACGUAGUCGACGAGUACACGUUGCUGCUGACGUCUUUUAGCUAUGAUGGCAAUGGAGCCGACGCCUUCUUCUGGGCUGGUGCGACGAACCGACCGGGUCCUCAAGGUUUCAUCGUACCCGAUGAAUGGGGCAAAACAAACGUCUUGGACCGAUAUUUUAACAAGGACUUCACGCUCACCUUACCGGAUAAUAAGAAGAUAACGGAUAUUAAAUGGUUUGCUGUAUACGAUCUGGGAAGCCAGAAUACAUUCGGGGACGUGUACAUUCCUGAAGAGUUCGACCCUCCAACGCCCCAGAAAAUAUCUCAAUUGACAAAACGAUCGCACGGAGUGUCCUCCGAGGCUAUCGUGAUUAUGGACUCAAAAACCAUAAAAAUACCAGAAUUCAAAUACAAUGGGCAAGGAACAGACACGUAUUUCUGGGUAGGACUUGGUCCUCAACCUUCCAGCAAAGGAACCAAAGUUCCCGACGAGUACGGCUAUUUGGAUCCGAUUCGUGAAUACAAAGGGGAAGAUGUGAUCAUUCAAUUACCUGGGGACAUGACUGUGUUCAAUAUCGAUUGGCUAAGUAUCUUCGACGUGAAGAGUAAAUCAAAUUACGGCUCUGUUAUAAUUCCUGAUGGCUUGAACGUGCCUCCUUCCCUAGUAAAAGUGAUCAAGCACGCGCAGGCCUUACCAAAUUGCGUUCAACUUCAUAAACGGUAUCAAGUUAGCUGGGAAAUUUUCGGUCCUCAGAUCACCGUUCAAUUAGCUGGACAAAUCGAUGAGUCUGAAUACAUGGCGUUUGGGCUAUCCGGUUCAGAGACUUCUAGCCAAAUGGAAGGAGCUGAUGCUGUAAUUGCUUAUAUGGACGAUACCAGAGGAUACGCCAUGGAUUAUAACAUCACCGCCAAGGCACCGUGUGGAAAAGUUCUUGGUCAAUAUAAAGGUGUCUGUAAGGAUGAAUUGUUGGGUGGUCAGGAUAACAAUCAAUUGUACACAGCUGCAAGAGAAGAUGGAAUCACUGUUAUCACUUACAGACGUACUCUUAAUUCAUCCGAUUCAGGAGACAAAGAGUAUCCAACGGAUAGACCAGUUUACGUGAUAUGGGCUCUAGGAAAAAUGGACGAGAACAAAGAACCAACUUUCCAUGACAUAUAUCCCAAGAGUGAUUUGAAGUUAGAAUUAGCCCGUCAAGAACCAGAGAACACCUGCAUGGAUUUUACAGAGACCAAUGAGAAAUUCAUAGAACCAUGGGAAAAGGCUGAUAUAUUUGCCAUAAGUAUUCGAACUUUUAAAGCCACAAUUGGACCGUCUGGUGGUAAAAAAGGCUAUCAAGGAAUCACAGGACAACCAUCUACCGGUUUGGCAUGGUACAUCGAGGGUCAAUUGGUACCCGAAUUGUACCUGCGUCGAGGAUUAACUUACAAUUUCCGGGUUCACGGAGGAAAUAAUCCUCACAGUCCUAACUUGUAUCAUCCAUUUAUUAUAACUACUGAACCACACGGUGGAUACGAUAGGCUCAGUGAUGCAGCACAGAAUAAAAUCAGAGUUCUAGCUGGUGUCGAAUUCACCAGAAGAGGUCAACCCAGACCAACAGCAGUUGGCCCACUUUGUCUGAGCAAGCAUAACAAACGAGAUAGAAGACUGGAUGAUGACUUUUUAACGUUCAAGCAAUUCAAUAGAUCACUAGUGAGUACCUGUGAACCAGGAGAAGGUGGAAUUUUGGAAGUUACUCCAAAUUCUACGUGGCCAGACAUCGUUUACUAUAAUUCAUUCACCCAUGCUAAUAUGGGCUGGAAAAUACAUGUGAGGGAUGCUAACUCAAGAAACGUUGCUGUUGUUGGAAAAUUGUCGUUGCUCACAGGAAUAAUGGCUGUGAUUGUUCAUUUGUUAUAAAAAUAGGUAGAAGUUGUUGAAAUCAUUCAUACAUUUUCAUAUGGACAUCACCUGACAAAAUUUUGGUCACAAUGAAUACAGAAUGUUGAGUUCCUACAAAAAAAAAUAAAAUAAU